AUGUCUACCAAUGUGCUGGUGCUCUGCCGGUACCAGCACAUCUGGAAUAUCAAUCUGCGCUUUCGUCCAGCUUUCCUUGGUGGCAUAAUGCAAGCAACUGGUAACAAGCCCCCAGCAAUGUUGCCAAAGCGUGCAGAAUACUUGCUGAAGGAUAUAAAAAGGAUGGCAAAAUACUACCAAGUGCCUGUACAGAUUUCAGAAGGUGGCUUCCAACAUAUCCUUGGUACAAGCAGUCUUGGGGCCAUGCGCUUUAUCACAGCCAUUGAUAUGACAGAGCCACGAUACUUGGAACCCUUAUCUAGGGAGUUCUGGUUACGUUUUUGGUCACAGCAUGAAGAUAUCAGUCAGCCGGAGAAUAUAUUGGCAGUUGCCAGACAGGCUGGGCUAUCAUCAGAGCUUGCCCAGAAUCUACUUGAAAUGAUUUCAUCCCCUGCAGUGAAGAACCGACUGAAAGAGACAACAGAGGAAGCAAUAAAAUAUGGGGCAUUUGGGAUGCCUGCUGUUGUGGCACAUUUUAAUGGGGAACCGCAUCUCUUCUUUGGCUCUGAUCGUUUAGAGCUGCUAGGCAGCGUUAUUGGUGAAAAAUGGCUGGGACCAGUUCCAUCAGUUCCAGGCCCCAAGAUGUGA